CUAACCUAAGCUUCACCGUGACUGAAGACGACCGGAGCCAAUUCCGGACACAAAGAUCAAAUUUUGACACUUUGUUAGUUAUCUUACAUCACCCAAACAAAAUCUCUGUUUUAGACUUUUUUUUAUCCAGAUCCUAAAAUCUUCAUCUCCUACAGAUCCGCAUAAAUGGCGGUUACUCAUUACUGAUUCAGACAGAAAGAAAAAGAAAAGAAGAAGAAAGCUUUCUGCUUGAACCCUUUUCAAUUAUUUUGAUGGCGGAUCUCCGAAACGGCAAGUCCUUCUUUUUCUGCUUCUCGCUUUUAAUCUCCUUCACUUUGCUUUCUAUAUCGCCGUCGUAUGCCACCGAGUCUCUGGUUAUCGAAGAUGGUUCCACCGAUGUAGCUGUCUCGGUUAGCGAAUCCAAUCGAGAAUCUGUGCUAUUGCAUAAUCUAGAGGAACUCGUUAAGAAUCUUACGGAAUUAGUCGCUAAUCUAGAUGCCAAGUUAUCUGAGACUCCACUAAAGGAGAAGAACGAGAUCACUAGAUCACUUGAUGAUGACAUCGGAGAAGAGAAGGAGAGAGGAGGAGGAGGAAGAGCUAAGGCGUUUUCAGUUACGAAAUAUAGUCCGUUUUGGUCGGAGAGGUUUCAGUUUACAUCAGCUGUGAAACUCAAUUCCGAUGCGACUUGUAUCAAUGUGUUACCGUUUAGGGACUUCGAAGGUUCGAGCAAGUACUUUGCAAUUGGUGAUUCUAGAGGAAGGGUUUAUGUUUUCUUGAGAAAUGGUGAUGUUUUGAUUGAGUUUUUCACCACUGUUGAUUCUCCCGUUACAGCUAUGGUUUCUUAUCUAUCGAUUUUUAGGAACUCGAGUUUCGUGGUUACGGGCCAUCAGAACGGUGCGGUUUUGUUGCAUCGGAUUCACGAGGGAUCGAAUGGGGAAGACUGGAACUCGAAUUCUGUUUCGAUGGAAAAUGUUGGGAAAUUUGAUAUAGAUGAUUCGGCUGAUCCUGUGACUCUAUUGGAAGUGCAUCAUGUGGGUCGGGUUAGGUAUAUAUUGGCGACGGAUUUAAGCGGGAAGCUCACGGUUUUGACUGAGAACAGGACAGUUUAUGGGUCGGUGAUGCCAUCGAGUAGACCGCUUGUGUUCUUGAAACAGAGAUUGUUGUUUCUCACUGAGUCUGGUGCUGGUUCGUUGGACUUAAGGACCAUGAAGAUAAGAGAAACCGAGUGCGAAGGACUGAACCAUUCGCUUGCGAGAACUUAUGUUUUUGAUGCCUCGGAACGGUCUAAAGCUUACGGAUUCACAUCUGAUGGUGAAAUCAUUCAUGUAUUGCUUCAUGGAGAUAUAAUGAACUUCAAAUGUAGGGUUAGAUCCAAGAAGAAGUUUCAAAUGGAGGAGCCAGUAGCUUUACAAUCAAUCAAAGGCUAUCUUCUCGUUAUCAACGAAGAAAAGGUUUUCGCUUUCAAUGUAUCGACUCAGCAUUAUGUUCGUACUGCUGGCCCUCGGCUUUUGUUCUCCGCGGGCUUAGAAGAGAUCAGAUCCGCGUUCUUGAGCCAUCGCGAAUCAUCUUCAAGAACCGCAAUAGUAAAGACGAGGCCUUUGAUAGCUAGCGACCGAGAAAAUCUUCUUGUGAUCGGUUUAGAAAAUGGAUAUUUCGCGGUUUAUAAGUCGAAGCUUCCAACUCUCAAAGGAGACUUCAAUACAAUGCUUUGGAGCAGUCCGGUGUUCUUCUUUAUAUUGUUUCUAUUUGGAGCUUGGCAUUUCUUUGCCAAGAAGAAAGAAUCGCUCACCGCAUGGGGACCAGAUGAUCCUUUUACUCCAACCGCGGGACAAAACAGCUCAACGAAAGAGCCGGGUUUCACCGAGCCUUCAAGAAGAAACGACGACCUCAUGGAUCUACGGAGAAGGUACGCUGGUGGUUCGUCAUACCGGUCAGUUGGAGAUAACGACCCGAGUUCGAGAGCUCCGGUGGAUGGAAACUAUAGAACAACCGCACAGGAUCAUAACAAUUAUCGUGGCGGCUCGGGUCUUGAUUCAAACGGGUUUGGUAAUAGAAGAGACCAUUUGUUUGGUAACAACAAAGUUUUGGACAACGAAAGUUAAAAAUCUUUGGAUUACUUGCAAAUUCUGGCACGUAACCACCAAUUACUUCAAAGGGAAAAUGUAAUCUUUGUAAGUUUAUAAGCUCUUAAAGGUUUUUUUUUAUUCACCGUUCGUUUUUAAUUGGCAAGUCUCUUCAAUGUAACUCUGGUCAAAGAAUUUGCAAAGUUUCUUGAUCAAUGAAUUUAAAUAAAGAUGCGAUCUUAAAUUUG